GCCUGCUUGGAGUCUGGCUAAGGCAGAAGGGUGGAAGGAUCUCGGCUUUCUCUCCCUCUCUCGCAUUCUGUAUACAGUUACAGUUGGGAGGGUGGUGUGUGUGUGUGUGUGUGUGUUUUUAAAAAUCUGAAUGGUGUGGGGCUGUUGUUGUCCUUGUUGGUUGGUAAGGGUGUGUGUGUGUGUGUGUGGUUGUUUUUUUUUAAAAGUCACAGCAACCCCCCAGUUUAGCGGAUUGAUUUACUCAGAGUAUUGGUAAAUAUGAUCACGUGGGCGGCGGGACCAAUGGUUGAGGCUGGCAGUCUGCAAAAUACUACGAUUGUUCUCAGGGCAAGGCGAUCAUCCACAGUUAACAGAGUAACCUUUUUUUAGCUUCCCCCCCAUAUGCCCUGCUACGGAGGGAGCCUCCAAAACAUGUCGUCGAGCGGCACCCUCAGUAACUACUAUGUCGAUUCUCUCAUAGGCCACGAGAGCGAGGAAGUGUACGGGGGCGGCGGCGGCGGCGUUGGAGGCGGCGGCGGAGGCGGCGGGGCCGGCCGGUUCCUGCAGGGAGGCCACCAUGCGAGCCCCAGGCCAGCAUCAGGUGUGGUGGCCGAGGGCUCGGAUUUCGCCUCCUGCAGCUUCGCGCCCAAGUCCGCCGUCUUCUCCGCCUCCUGGUCCGCCGUCCACCCCCAGCCUCCUCCGGCGCCCAUGCCGGCGGGCAUCUACCAUCCAUACAUGCCCCAGCCCCACUUAGGGGGCCCGGGCGAGAGCGGAGGGGGCAGAUACGUGCGCUCCUGGAUCGAGCCCUUCGCCUCCUUCCCCAGCAGCCCCAGCAACAACCACGCCGCUGCCGCUGCUGCGGCCACCAUUGCUCCGGCCGGCACCGGGUCAGGCUCCUCCGGCGGGCGCCACUAUGGGAUCAUCAAGCCGGAGAGCGGGGCAGCAGCAGCAGCAGCAGCAGCUUCUUCGGGUUCCAUCGCUGCCCCCUCUUCUUCCUCCUCUUCUUCCUCCUCCUCUUCCUCCUCCUCCUCCACCUCCUCCUCCUCCUCUUCUCCUUCCAAAAGGACUGAGUGCUCCUCGUCCCGGGAGCCCCCGGGGAUCAGUGGGCCCGAGUACACGUGCAAUUCCUUCCUGGCCGAGCCCCGCGAGAAGGCAGCGUCGGUGGCAGGGGCCGCCAGCAACGGCGCGCACCUCGUCCCAAGCGCCGCCGCCACCACCGCCGCCGCCGCCGCCACCCUCGCUACGGUCUCCAACCCGGCCAAGCCAGCUUCUGGUUGCAGCCGCAAUUCCAGCCCGAGCAGCGAUCUGAAGGAGGAGAAACAGCAGCAACUUGACCCAAAUAAUCCUGCAGCAAACUGGAUCCAUGCUCGUUCCACCAGGAAAAAGCGCUGCCCCUACACCAAAUUCCAAACGCUGGAACUGGAAAAGGAAUUCCUCUUUAAUAUGUACCUCACCCGUGAUCGCCGUUACGAAGUGGCUAGGAUUUUAAACCUGACAGAGAGACAGGUCAAAAUAUGGUUUCAGAACCGAAGGAUGAAAAUGAAAAAGAUGAAUAAGGAGAAAGGCAAUAAAGGGGACUAGCGCCUUGGGUAUGCGUGAGCUUUGGAAAUACAAUGGAAUUUCUAUUAAACACACACACACAUACACAA